AUGAUGAGCUACGGCCUGGACGCGCUCUUGGGCAGCGGCCCCGCGUUCCGCAAGGAGCCCGGCGGCGGCGGCGGCGGCGGGCGCUAUUACUCGGCGUCCCGCGCGGGCAGCGGCGGCGGCGGCUCCUCGCUGGCGUCGAGCGGCUUCCACUCGCAGCCGUGGUCGCGGGGCUCGACGGCGUCGUCGUCGGGCUACCGGCGCGUGGCGUCGUCGUCGUCGGCGUCGCUGCUGCAGGCGAGCGCGCUGAGCCAGCUGGGCGCGUCGAGCGAGAGCCUGGAGUCGUCGUUCAACGGCGGGGGCGGGGGCGCCGGCGGGGAGCCGCGCGGCCGCAACGAGAAGGAGGUGCUGCAGGCGCUCAACGACCGCUUCGCGGGCUACAUCGACAAGGUGCGCCAGCUGGAGGUGCAGAACCGGCAGCUGGAGGCCGAGGCGGCGGCGCUGCGCCAGCAGCAGGCGGGCCGCUCGGCCAUCGGCGAGCUGUACGAGCGCGAGAUCCGCGACAUGCGCGGCGCGCUGGUGCAGCUGGGCGCCGAGAAGGGGCAGCUGCAGCUGGAGCACGAGCGCCUGGAGGAGGACCUGGGCCGCCUGCAGCAGCGCCUGGACGACGAGGCCCGGCAGCGCGACGAGGCCCAGGCCGCCGCCCGCGCGCUGGCCCGCUUCGCCGACGACGCGCAGCUGGCCAAGGGCGAGCUGGAGAGGAAGCUGCAGGCGCUGGCCGACGAGGGCCUCUGCCUGCGCCGCAGCCACGCCGACGAGGUGGCCGAGCUGCUGCAGCGCGUGCAGGGCAGCGGGCAGGCCGCGCGCGACGCCGCCCAGGGCGCCUUCGAGGCCCGCGACGCCGCCCAGCGCGCCGACGUCACCGCGGCGCUCAAGGAGAUCCGCGCCCAGCUCGAGGGCCACGCCGUCAAGAGCGCCGUCCAGUCCGAGGAGUGGUUCCGAGUGAGGCUGGACAAACUGUCGGAAGCUGCCAAGGUGAAUACCGACGCCAUCCGCACGGCACAGGAAGAGAUCUCCGAAUACCGCCGGCAGUUGCAAUCCAAAACCACUGAGCUUGAAUCUCUCAGGGGGACGAAAGAAUCCUUAGAGAGGCAGAGGGCCGACAUAGAAGAUCGCCAUCAUGUUGAUGUCCAGUCUUAUCAGGAGACGGUCGCACAGCUGGAUAAUGAGCUGCGGAAUACCAAGUGGGAGAUGGCGGCCCAGCUCCGGGAAUACCAAGAUCUACUUAAUGUCAAAAUGGCUCUGGAUAUUGAGAUCGCUGCGUACAGGAAGCUGUUGGAAGGCGAGGAAUGCCGCAUGGGAGCAGGUAUUGGGCUCUUCCCCUUCCCAGAAGCCCUCCCGAAGGGUCCUAGCUUUUCCACCCACAUCAAGGUCAAAAGCGAAGAGAAGAUCAAAGUGGUGGAGAAGUCUGAGAAGGAGACGGUGAUUGUGGAGGAGCAGACCGAGGAAAUCCAAGUGACUGAAGAAGUAACAGAGGAAGAGGAGGGUGAGAAAAAAGAGGAAGGGGAGGAGGAGGAGGAAGAAGAAGAAGGAGGAGGAGGUGGAGGAGAAGAAGAGGGAGAAGGAAAAGAAGAGGAGGAAAGUGAGGCAAAAGAGGAAGAAAAGGGAGGAUCUGAAGGGGGAGAGGAGGAGGAAGGAGCAGCAGCAGAAGAAGAGUCAGCAGAGUCCCCAUCAAAAGAGAAGGUGGCCCCGUCAGCAGAGGAAGUGACAUCUCCAGAAAAGGAGCCAACACCUGCAGAGAAAGAGGAGGCCAAAUCUCCAGGUAAGAUUAAGUCCCCGGCAAAGGAUGAAGCCAAAUCCCCGGCUGCCAAGUCUCCAGCGAAGGUUGCCUCUCCCACAAAAGAGGAGGCCAAAUCCCCCGCCAAAGUGAAAUCCCCAACCAAGGAAGAGGCAAAAGCUCCAGCGGCAAAGUCUCCUGAGAAGGCUGCAUCUCCCACCAAAGAAGAAGCUAAGCCUCCAGCAAAGGCUGUGUCCCCCACCAAGGAGGGAGCCAAGUCUCCAGCUAAAGUCAAGUCUCCGACCAAGGAGCCAGCCAAGUCUCUGGCAGUGAAGUCUCCAGAAAAAGCUGCCUCUCCUACAAAAGAGACUCCAGAGAAGGCUAAGACUCCAGAGAAGGCUAAGACACCGACGAAGGAGAAGGUCAAAUCUCCACAAAAAGAGACGCCUCCUCCAAAGGAACCGGCCAAGCCACCUCAGAAGGAGGCAAAGGCACCUUUGAAAGAAGAGAAAGCAAAAGAGAAAGAGGAGAAGGCUCCAGUGAAACCAAAAACAGAAGAAAAGAAAGAGAGCAAGAAAGAAGAGGAGCCAAAGCAGGAAACCCCAGCCAAGGAAGUGCAGAAACCGGAAGCCAAAACCGAGGAGAAGAAAGGGAAGACUGAAGACAAAGAAGAGAAGAAAAAAGCUGCCACUCCUGAGCCCCCUGCCCCUGAGGAGGAGAAGAAGGGGGCUGCUGCCAAGGCUGAGGAGAAAAAGGAAAAGGAGCCCACCAAACCAGCAGCGAAACCCAAGCAAGAGGCUGAGAAAGAAGCAGAGAAAGCAACCAAGAAGGAGCCUGAGCCGAAACCUCAGGCCAAAGACGUGAAGGCCAAGGCACCGAGCAGGCCAGCCGAGAAGGAAGCUGAGAAACCAAAGGCAGAGGAGAAGAAAGAGGAGCCGAAGAAGGAGAAAGCAGAGCCAAAGAAGGAGGAGAAACCCAAAGACGAAGCCAAAGCCAAAGCAGCGGCCAAGAAGGAACCGAGCACCAAGGAGACUCCCAAGGCUGAGCCGGCAAAGGAAGCUCCGAAAGCAGCCAAGCCCAAGGCGGAGAAAGUGGAGAAGUCCUCCAGCACAGAUCCCAAAGACAGCAAACCCACGGAAAAAGCGGCCGUGGACGAGAAAGCAAAGAAGGGCGAGAAGUGAAGAGGGGAUGCGUGGAGGUGCAUGACGGACCGCCAGAGGGGUUGCGCGGGGCCUCCCUGCCACAGGGCCCGUUCUCCUUGACCUUAAAAGACAAGACUUUGCUUAGGUGGGCGCCGAGUUGCCCUCUCUCCCACCGAGGCACGGAACUCCUGUUAGCAAUACGUUUACGUGAAAGAAAAGCAAGCCCUUAAACAAGCAAUGAACCCAGCCGCCGCGAAAAGGUGGUUCGAUUAUGUUAUGAUCGCUUCCGUAGCAGAAUGUGAUAUACGCCGAAUGCCACAUUUUAAGCACUUGAAUUAUUGCAAGGGGGAGG